AUGAGUGUCCCACGAUCACGGAUGUUGGACCUGAUGAAGGCCCAAUGUCAGGUCUUUGCGACAACGUACAAUCCCGAUGGCCUUCGACUCGGCAACAAGGUCCUGCGCCAGCGACUUCGCGGACCCGCGCUGGCUUCUUACUACCCGCGAAAGGUGGCGACAGUCAAGAUGAUGAAUCAAAUGUUCGGCAUGAAGGUCCCUAAGGGCACCGUGGAGAACGAGGAGACCGGCUCGUCAGACCGAAGUUUGGCGACCUGGGACGACGCCGAGGAGGACCGUACAACCUACGUCGAGGAAUUGAAGGCGAGAGGCAAGGGGAAUCCGAAGAAAAAGAAGGAAGCAGUUGUCAAAACCAAGGCCUUUGGAAAGAAGAAGAAAUGA